UGUGUCACACAACACUUGACAAACUUCACUAGACAUGACUAUGACAACCUUGCAAAUCGUGGUCAAAACUCCGCGUGUAGUUAAAACGCUACACACCAGGCUACAACGAUUUAUACUACAUGGCCCUGUGCAGCUUAGAAUAAGAACUUUUGCCACGUGUCAAAAUUACAAGAAAGAAUUCAAUGUACCUCUUCUACCAGAUGAAAUGGUUCGCCCUGGCGGGAUUUGCACUAUGAUGAGGCUGCCUUAUCAAAAGAGUGCAGACGGCUUAGAUGCAUGUUUCAUCGGCAUUCCUUCUGAUGCUGGUGCAUCAAAUAGACCAGGAGCGAGGUUCGGACCGCGUCAGAUCCGUGUCGAAUCCAGUCUUAUCAGACCCUACAACCCGGCGACCGGCGCGGCGCCCUUCAAAUCUCUUAUGGUUGCCGAUAUCGGAGAUAUACAAGUCAACCCGUACAACCUCAGGGCGACAGUGGACCUGAUCCAUGACAAGAUUGCACAGACAGUUGGCCAUGGCUGCCGUCCAAUCGCUCUUGGUGGGGACCAUAGCAUUUCAUACCCAAUACUGAAGGCAAUAAGUGCUAAGCACGGUCCGGUCGGUAUGGUCCAUGUGGACGCACACACGGACACAGCGACCGGAGCCAACAACGUCAAGAUCUUUCACGGCAGCCCCUUCUAUUGGGCGGUAGAGGAAGGUUUACUCGACCCCAGGCGUGUCGUCCAGAUUGGGCUGCGCGGGCCAUGGUACGACGAAGCUGAAUAUGACUGGGCUACGGACAAGGGAUUUCGUCUUGUAUUUGCCAAAGAUUGUUGGCAUAAGUGCCUGGAUCCGCUGAUGGGCGAAGUGCGGGCUCAGAUGGGUGAUGGUCCCGUAUACAUAAGUUUUGAUAUCGAUGGAUUGGACCCCGUGUACGCGCCAGGGACUGGUACACCUGAGGUAGCGGGAUUGACCAGUAUUCAAGCGAUGGAAAUCGUGCGUGGUUGCCGCGGAUUGGACAUCGUCGGUUGUGACUUAGUAGAGGUGUCACCCCCGUAUGACGCGUCUGGUAUGACUGCGCUACUCGCCGCGAACAUACUCUUUGAGAUGCUGUGCGUUCUACCUGGUGUGAAGUACAUGAAAUAGUUGAGUCUGCACGAGACUUAAGAGGAAGUAAUAUCAAGUAAAACGCUAGGGCGUUGCUAGGGUGGCCGUAGUGGUGCGCGCACCUCCUCUCGACCACCGAAGGGGUUUUUUCUUGUUAUAGAAUCGCCUUAUCUGAGACUUGACACUAAGAUAAGUUAAGCUAAGAAUUAGCACCUCCCCCCCCCCUCCUACCAAGGCAAUAUCUUCGAUAAGAGAUUGUAAGCUCAAACCCGUCAGCCUCGCAAGAAAAGUAAGAAGUGCAGUAAGAAGUGUAACUAACCCUCUCUGUAAUUUGGCCUAUAUCAAUGAAAGAUCAGGAAAAACUGGUCUCUGAUUUGAUGCAGCAUUUAAAUAGUUGCCCUUAUUUAUAUUUUGAAUUUGAGUUGAAAAACCUAAGAUAAAAAGUGCUUGACACUAAAAGCGAAUGAAGUAUUUCCGGUAUGUUGCGAAAACAUCAAAAGAAGGGUCAUUAUUUAAUGGGUGGGGGGGGGGGGGAUGUGGGCUGCUAUGUUUGGGUGGAGGGUUGCGAUUUUUUGAGCGUCGAUUAGGGGGAGGGCCGAACCUCCUAAAAGUCUGGAAUUUCCAUUUUUUUUUCUUGGGAGAACCCCAAACCUUCUACAAAAUAGGUAAAUGAAUGUGAUGCGCCUUAUUCUGCUUGCACUUUCAUGCGUUUCGCUGGGAGUUGAAAACCAUUUUCCCUAAUAGUUUAGUGAAUUUGCGGAUUUCAAUGCCCCCCCUACUAACUUUUCAGAUUGGUGGUAUAAAAAUAAGAUUUCUGCAGUUGAGAAGGAGAUAAUGAUACUAUUUUCCAUUUAGGUUUUAACAAUAAUGAGCAUUUCAUAUAUUUUAAAAUAGCAAAAUUUUCACGGGGGAGCAUGCCGCUAGACCCCCCUAUACAAUAGUAUUUACACCCCUGAAAAAUGGUGGUUUAAAGGCCAGCUCCGCCGUCCCUUCAUGGGUAUGCUUAAGUCAUCCAUCCCCCUCCCUCAAACACAACCAUUUGGCGUGAGGAGGAAGGGGCAGUGCAUGUCUUCCCACAAUUUGAAUUUAAAACAGCGACAUCCAGGCCAUUGUCGGUUAACAAAUAUAAAGCAUAUAUUUAUAUGCUUCCCCUUUCUUUGUUUGUACUACACAGAUUGCUCGUUAUUACAAUUAUGGGUUUAUUACAUUGGCGGCCUCUACUCUCAUACGGUCAUGUAAUUUUUUGGUGCUCCUGGAAGAACGUGCCGUACGUAGGGAAUCUCACAACUAGAGUAUAAUUUCAAUAAACUAACCAAUACGA